UGGUGGGGCUCUUUUGUCUGUCACACAUUGAACGGCAACGUCACAACCAAUCCAAACAAUGGCGGAGGAAACUGUUUUGGGUGAAGGGUCAUCUUUUAUGGAUCCUUUUAAAGGGAUUUUGUUAACAUAUUUCAUGCCAGAAUCAUGUUACGACGAGUUCUUUCUCAAUUUAAACUUUUUGGACGUACCAUGUCUGAAGAUUGCACUGAGCAAAGGCCUGGGGAUCGGCAUCAUCCUGGGAUCCGUGAUGGUAAAGCUGCCUCAGAUCUUCAAGCUGAUGGGAUCAAAGAGCGCUGAGGGGCUGAGCUUCCAGACUGUGCUGCUAGAGCUGCUGGCCAUCACAGGAACAAUGGCCUACAGUAUCCUCAACAAGUUCCCUUUCAGUGCCUGGGGCGAAGCUCUGUUCCUCAUGCUGCAGACGGUCGUGAUUGGCUUCCUCAUUCAGCACUAUGGAGGAAAAACCAGCAGAGGUCUCCUGUUUAUAGUUGUGUAUUUUGGCCUGCUGUUCCUCGUGCUGUCUCCUGUCACCCCCAUGUCAGUGGUGACAUACUUGCAGGCCUCUAACGUGCCAGCCGUCAUCAUCGGCAGGCUGAUCCAGGCCACCGCUAACUUCCGUAAUGGGCACACGGGCCAGCUGUCUGCUGUCUCUGUCUUCCUGCUGUUUGCUGGAUCCCUCACCCGCAUCUUCACCACACUGCAGGAAACUGGAGACACACUGAUGGCCCUCACCUACGUCAUAUCCUCCACCUGUAACGGCAUCAUCGCUCUGCAGGUGCUCUACUACUGGAACAGCUCCUCAGACCACAAGAAGAAGAAGAAGAAGAAGAAGAGCGAGUAGGCAAAAGACAGUUGCUGGACCUGAAUCAUAGAGCAACACCUUUUCUUUCCAUAUCCAACUAUAAAUGAUCUCAAAGAAGUGUCUUUAAAACUUGAAUUGCAACAUGAAAUUGCAUGUACAGAGCCACGUGGAAGUUUGGGACAUUAAAUCUGCUGGACCAACACUUGAAUUUGAAAUAAGGAUUUGACAUAACAUGAUGAACAGGUCUUUAAUAUAGGCCCAGUGGCUUUAUGAUUGACAGUUAAGAGUUUUUUGUUGGUUGUGUUUUAAUCUGUGAGCAGGGCCCAGACUCCCGCUGUGCAAUACGCUGUUACAUUCCUUUGGAUCCAGUUUUCCUCAUUACCGUCAGGUGUUUAAUAUUUCAAAUCCAGGGCCUCUGAUUACCAUUCUGCUCGUAAAGAAAAAGAAAUUUGGAACUGAUUUGAAACUGUUUUCACCUUGGAUGCAUGCAAAGAGUUAUUUGUUGUUUUAUCAUUUCACAUAAACAGAAUUCCACACUAGCCUCUAUAACUGCGAGGUCUAUUCUAUGGUCCGAAUAGGAGGUGGCUUUAAGGCGUGACACUGACGCAGGAAGAGUCACAUUGUCAAAUGUGUGCAAUAUGAUGCAAAUUUCCACUUCUUUGUGACACCUAUGAAAUUAUCUAAAGAGAGUUUACAAAUCACCUUUUACAUUGAAUUAAAGGGACUGUGAAUAAGUGAAAGAUUUCUGAUGCUGCUAUUGUUUCCCAUAAACUGAAAGGCUUCCUCUAACCCGCUCCAAUGUGUACCGAGGGUCAAUAUGUGACACGUUGGAUGUACCUCCGUCACCCUUCACUCCCUCCUGUGCUGUAGCAGAAUCGAAUUGUCCUGAAAGUGCUUGUUUAGUGUGGUGCACCACAUUCUUUAUGUGAGUCAACCAAGAAUGGAGAGUAACAACGAGCUAUGAUGACUGGAAGUAAUACACGGCAUGCAACAA